AUGAGCAACAGGCGCACAGAGCGGCCACGCCGCUUAUCCAUAGACCUGCACCUCAUCUCGGCUGUCAAACGAGACGUUGUGUACUCUGGCUCUGGCGACCCCGACUCCCCAUACGGACCCAGCGAGAGCGAUCCCACUACGCCCAAUGGACAUCCGUUGUCGAACCCGUUCCAGAACCUCCUUAAACACCGGAGUCAGCCUACGCCGCUCCCAGUGCUCAAGAUCUUGCCGCUCUGUAUCGCGCGAAUGGCAGAGGGCCUCAUCUUUGCAGUCAUCUUCCCCUACAUCAACCAAAUGAUGCAUGGAAUGGGUGUGCCCGAAGAAUCGGUUGGACUGUGGUCCGCCACAGCUGAGUCGAUGCUCAUGGUAACCGAGGCACUCGCUGCGCCGUUUUACGCCCCAAUCGCGGACAAGAUUGGACGGCGGCCCGUGUUCAUCCCACUGGUCUUUCUGUGGGGUGUCUUCUCCGUCGCGUUCGGCUUCGCGACUACCCCGCUGGGCGCAGUGCUCCUGCGCGCCUGCCUGGGUUUGCUCGCGGGCGUUGGUGUGCUCUCGCGGACAAUGCUGGGCGAACUGUGCGACAAGACGAACCGCGUGCAGGGCUUUGCCUUUUUCUCACCCGCCUUGACCCUCGGGGUGACCAUCGCUCCUCUUGUCGGCGGCUUCCUCUCGCAGCCGGUGCCGCGCCUCUUCUCGCCCUCGUUUACCCUCCUGGUCGAGCAUCCGUACCUCCUCCCUUCGGUCGUCGCCGGCAUGGUCGGGUUCGCGUCGGCCAUCUCGGCUUACAAGUUCCUCCCUGAGACCCUGCCGCCGUCAAUGCGUAAGAGUAGGGCGCAAAGUAGUGCGAUGGGCAAGGCCGACGCGGGCGGUUUCCGCGCGCUCAUGCGCUUCACCCGUUUCCAGAACAUGCUUGCGCUCUAUGCGCUCUCGAACCUUGUCAUGUUCUCAUGGGAGGCCAUUUUCCCGCUGUUCGCUUUCACGAGCAAAGACCUCGGCGGCUUCGGUCUCUCUACACCACAAAUCGGCGUGAUCCUGGCCACCAGCGCAGGCCUGUCGAUCGCCAUGACGUCGAUUGUGUUCCCGCGCCUGCACAAGCGCAUGCCGGAGAAUGACCUCCUGCGCAUCACCGUGACGCUGUACCCCCUCGCUGUCGCGCUCUUCCCCGUGAUGUGGGGAAUGAGCGCCCACCUCCCCGAGGGUGAGCUGUCCGGGGCAAGCAUGGUUGUGCUGGGCUUGCAGAUGCUCAUGCGCCGCACGGGCGACUUUGCGGCUACUCUGCUGGACGCAAGCGUGCUCGACGCCAUCCCGGGUCCUGAGUAUCUUGCAACGGCGAACAGCAUCACUUUCUCCAUCGCGGGCGUUGGCCGCGCCGUCGGUCCUUUCAUGGUCUCCUCCAUAUUCGCGCUCUCAACAUCUGGGUCCAGUGCGUUCAGUAUCCGGCGGCAGCUCGUGUGGCUCGUCUUCAUCAUCGUCUCGCUCCCGAGCGUGUAUGUCGCACGGCGGCUUUCCGAUCCGCCUGUCCAGUCAGGGGAGGAGAAGAGUGAGAUGGGUCUAAACGGUUCGGCCUUUGACGAUUAG